AUGUUUCGGACUGCAAUUUUAUUAGCACAACGCUGGAAUAUGACUAUAAAUGGAAAACAGAUUGCCUAUCAUGUAGAAGAAACCAAUGGCCGUGAUGUAAUUGAAACACUCGAUCGUACAUGUCGCUCUAUUGGUGAAUAUCAGAUUCUCGGAAUUGUUGGGCCUGAAUAUUCGACUGAAGCAAGAACAGUAGCACGUUUAGGCAAUAAAGUAGGAUUGCCUGUAGUUGGCUACUCGACAACCGAGCCUGAACUCUCGGAUCGCAAUGCAUAUCGAACCUUCUACAGAUUACCACCGUCUGAUGUUACCACAGCAAGAGUACUAUUGAAAUUAUUUAAAAAAUAUAAAUGGAAUUCAACAAAUGUGAUCUAUCAGGGAGAUACUUAUGGACAAGGCGGACUUCAGGCGCUUACUCAAGUAUUUACUGAUGAAGUAGAAAUUUCACGUUCAAUUCGAUUUGAUUUAUUUGUAAAUCAAUUCGAGAAUAUACAACGUCAACUAGAAGAUAGUCCAUCUCGUAUUGUGAUUGUUAUGGCUAAUGCAAAUGUAACCACACAAAUCAUACAAUUCGCAGCGGAAGCGCGUAAUAUUCUGGCUCCAUCCUUUCUCUGGAUUUUGACAGCAAGUAAUUCAUCAAUGAAUAUUCUUGCCAAUGAGCAUAUAAAUCAACUAAUAGGAAUGUUAAUAUUAAGACUAAGUCCAACAGAUACUGUUAACAUAUCAGCAAGCACAUAUUUAUUAGAUGAAGCUCUUGAUAUUUGGGAAAAAAAUGACCCAACCUCAUUCCAUGACAACCAACCGCACAUGGAUAUUUAUGCACGCUAUGCAUUCGACGCUUCAUGGAUGUUGAUUUUGGCAUUCCAACAACUUUGUCAAAACAAUCCUACAACAUGUCUUUCAUUUGAGAACACUUCCAACUGCUUCGCUAGUAAUCUAACUGAACAAGGUGAACUUCAUAAAAUUCUACAAACAAUGAGUUUCAUUGGCCUCACAGGACGAGUGCAGUUCGGCUUGAACAGUACCGAUCGUGUUGAUGAUACAGGGGCAUAUUAUGUGAUCAGCAAUAUACAGUCAUCAAUGGGUGGACUUCACCUUGUAGAUGUUUUAAAAUUGAAUGGUACUGUAUUGAGUACUAAUCGUAACUGUACAACUGAAUGGAUAAAUACAACAAACUCUAUUCAAUGGCCAAGAAAAUGGAAUGAGGCACCCACCGAUUAUGCACUUCUAAAAGGCAAAACACUCAAUAUUACUGUUUAUAUUUCACCACCAUUUUUUAUGAAGAGAUCAUCUCCUGGCAUUCAUGAAAAGGAUUUAUAUGAAGGAUAUAUUCAUGAAUUACUUACAUUACUGAGCGAAAAAAUGGAAUUCGAUUUUACUUAUACAGUUGCACCAGAUGAGACUAGCUAUGAUGAAUUAGUAGAUUGUGUAAAAAACCGUACAUGUGAAAUUGUUAUGGCCGACUUGGCUAUCACACCGGCUCGUGAAAAUAAAAUUGAUUUUAGUGCUUCAAUUUAUGCUAAUACAAUGCGUUUGGUUGUACGCAAGAGUAAACAGGAAAAAAUCGAACCAUUUGCAUUUUUGAAUCCAUUUUCACUUGCACUUUGGUUGGCAAUUGUCGGUGCCAUAUAUUUUCCGUCAGCACUACUUAUUGCAUUCUAUGAACAUCGCAAAAUGAACAGUAACUUUGAACAUGGCGAAAAUAAUAGUCAUAUCUAUGAUAAAUCAUGGAUAAAGACAAUUGGCAGAUCUCUUUAUCAAACUAUCGGUGCUUUGAUACAAAGAGGUUCUGAAUUACAAGUCGUAACCUUAUACGGUCGUAUCCAAACAGUUAUUGUUUGGCUUAUGAGUAUUAUACUAGUAGCGCUUUUCACUAGCAAUUUGAUUGUUAAUUUUACUGCUCAACGUGAAAAACCAUGGCUGCAAAGUAUCGAUGACUUGAAAAUGUGUGGCAGCAUAGGUUGUAAUCGUAUAGGUGUUAUUGAACGAUCACAACACGGAGAAUAUUUUACGAAAGAAGUAACAAAUAAUAUUCCGAUGAAUUAUCAUCAUUUGAAACAUCCAAAGGAAUGCUUUGCAAAACUCGUGGAUGGACAUAUUGACGUUGCUCUAACUGAUAGUCCAACCGCAGAAUAUAUGAUUCAAAAAGAGUAUUGUCAACUAGAACUAGCUGGUACACCAUUUGGUAGGUCAGAUUUUGGUGUGGCUUUACCAAAGCAAUGGCCUUACAAACAAGACUUAGAUGCACACAUAUUGGAACUGAGAAUAAAUGGUGAGAUUGACCGACGAUUUGCAGCAUAUAUUCAACAGAAAAAUUGUGAUGUUAACUAUGAUAACGAGUCAAGAAAUCCAAAUAAUCGCGUGGGAGUAAACGAAUCUAGUGGAUUAUUCUACAUAUUCGUAGGUCUUACCGGCCUUAAUUUCGCACUGUGUUUAUUCAGGAGAUUAUUUAACCGUAUCUCCACAUGGCAUAGGGGACGAUAUAAUGUUAAAAAAUUGACUUCUUGUCCUUAA